AUGUUAAUUUUGAUUAGUAGCUCUAAUUUUUUGACUAUGAAAAUUAACGAAAACCUUAAAAGAUCAGAAUAAGAUAUUCAAUUAGAUGAUAGAAUUGAAAAGGAAAAUACUGAAGUCAGCUUAUUAGAUUAAUAAAAAUUUAAUAAUAACAAUGAUGAUUAUUGA